GUGCAGCGACGCGGCGACCUGUUCAUACCGUUUUGUACAUAUUCCAAAACAGGAAAAUGUUACCUGCAGCUAAAGGCGCACAAGGCAUUUUUUACAGAAAGCACAAUUUCAGCUUUCCUGCUCACAUGAAUUACGGAAUUUACUUUAUUGAGAGGAUAUUAAAUUUUAAAGAGAAAAGAGCGCUGGUCAAUGGGGCAACGGGCGAGGAACUCACGUUUGGGCAGAUAGUACGCGAAGUGCUAAGCGUCGCUGCCUCUCUCGUGGGGCUCGGUAUCAGAAAAGGAGACUUGGUCGCAGUGGUUAGUGAGAACAGAAGUGAAGUUCUGACUACCAUCAUUGCAGCCAUGUGCGCCGGCGCGUCGGUCACUUUGAUCAACAGUGCUUAUACUGCAGGUGAAUUGCUACACACUACUAAUAUAACUAACCCAAAAUAUAUGUUUUUAUCGCCAACUGCGUAUAAGAAGCACCACGAAACGCUGAAAAAGCUAACAUUCGUUAGCAAAUUUUGUUUAUUUGGUGAUUCUUCAUCGAAAGAAAUUAUAAGUUACAACGAUCUCGCUAAUAAGGAAGCUGAUUUUACAAAUUUCUGUGACUAUUACGGUCGUGUGGAAGUGGCCCUUGUACUGUACUCGUCGGGCACAACGGGGCUACCCAAGGGCGCGAAGGUAACCCAUGCGAACCUAAUCGCCGUUUCCCAACAGCACGAUUUUUGUCCAGACAAGUCAGCACUUACACUUUCACCAUUGUGCAAUACUUUCGGCCUAAUAAUCACGUUGAAAACAUUAGUAAAUGGCAAAAUGGUCAUACUUCUUUCGAGAUUUAAAGAAAAGCAGUUUCUCGAAACUAUUCAAAAAUAUAAGGUUCAGUCAUUGAUGGCAGCUCCGCCAUUAGUAGUCUUAAUGAGCAAGUCAUCUUUAGUAGAUAAUUUUGAUUUACGUUCUGUGGAAAUCAUUUAUUCUGGUGGAGCGCCUCUAGACGAGAGUGUCAUCAAGGAAUUAGAAAAAAGGUUACCUAACCUACGUGUAUUACAAGGUUAUGGAUCGACUGAAACAACUGGACCAAUUACAGAGGAAACAGUGGCUGACCGUAGACAAGGCAGUAUCGGAAAAGCUGUUCAAGGAAUUGUUAUUAAGGUGGUGGACAUUGAAUCCAGAAAUGUACUGGGCCCAGGUGAGCCAGGUGAAGUGUGUGUCAAUGGCGUGAUACUCUUCGAUGGCUACAUCGGCAAGCCUAAAUCAGAAUAUUUUGAUGACGAUGGCUUUUAUAGAACUGGCGAUAUUGCUUACUACGACCAAGAUGGAUAUUUUUUCAUAAUUGGCAGGCUAAAGGAACUUAUCAAAUAUAAAGCGUGGCAGGUAUCUCCUGCAGAAAUAGAAGGAGUACUGCUAAAGCACCCAGCAGUGAAAGACGCCGGCGUGAUAGGCGCCCCUGACCCGCUUGCUGGAGAGCUACCGACCGCUUUUGUGGUCAAACAACCGGGGGCAGAAGUCACGGAAAAUGACAUUAUUGAAUUCGUGUCUUUAGAGGUAUCACCGUGGAAACGGUUGCGCGGGGGUGUGAGAUUCGUCAGCGAGAUACCAAAGACUGGGAGCGGUAAAAUACUUCGACGAGUAUUGCGUGACAUGUUGAAGGCCAAGAGCAAGAUAUAAUUCCAAAUGAAUAGUUAAUUUUUUUCUUAUCAUGUUUAUUGCUAAAGAUAACGGUCAGAUUUCAGCGGAGUUGAAUAUAGGUACAUAGUUAUUUGUUUUACAUGGGGGCAAAGUUGUUGUUAAACAAACUUUGCCAGCGAGUCAAACACAAAAAAUUUCACCACACCAAUGCGAGGAAAUUACUAACUGUAAAACAUUACAAAUUAAAUCCAAAUAAACGCUUUUUAAUAAUUAUCAUCAAAAAUCAUCACUUAAGUCAAUUCCUGGUGGAAAUUCCUGGUGGCGGUUUCCAAAAUGAGGAAACAAUCCAAAAGGCAUCUAAUUCCUUUGUCACUCUUGUGGAUAAAAUGUAAUUUAAGUAUGUCGUUUUAAAAUGAGAGUGUAACUUCCAUUGCAUGGGAGCGGCUUUUUGGCGGCGGGUGCUUGUGGCUGAGCGGAGAAAAAGGGCCAAGUACAGCUGUGUUGGCCAGGAAUAUAGUUUUACCCCUUUUGGUGUGGAAACACUCGGCCCGUGGGGUCCCGGUGCCCUGAAAUUUUUCGGAGCCUUAUCAAAGAGGCUGGUGGAUGUGACUGGGGACCGUAGGGCUGGCAGCUUCCUUGCACAGCGCAUUAGUAUUGCAAUUCAGCGGGGUAAUGCUGCCAGCAUCUACGGCACCUUGCCGAGGGGCGAAUUUUUAUUUUAGUUAAGGUUUAGGAUA